CAACACCUAACAUUCCACCAUUCAAUUUGAUUAUGGCCGAUCUGCAUCUUUACAGCAAAUGCCCUCCUUGGCUACACAAUCCUGACUACCUUUCCAAACUUAUUAAGUUUAGCUUUUAAUUUGUUUGACCUUCAAAGGCUUUUUAAGGACUGCUUCCAUACUUUUAUUAUCCUUUUAUAUACAUCUGAGGGUUUUUUUGCGUCAGGUAAACUAAUUUUUGUUACUACCUUUAUUCAGCUUUUUUUAACUCUGGACUUUCACUUUUGUUUUUAUUAAUUGAUCACAUAUUCACAAAGCAGCACCUCUCGCUGGUAAACUGCUGGAAUCAUUCACUCCUUGGUGACGUUGGAAGUACGAGUAUCCAGUGUGGAUUCAGCAGGAAUAACACAGCAAAGAGUAACAUCAGCCCAAGAUGUUUGCUAGCAGUAAACGCACUGUGAAACAGAUUGGUGCAGUGAAAAUGGAUGUUGCUCACUGUGAUAAUAGGGAUCAUGAUCUACAUCAACAUGACAAUGACGAUUCAGAGAGAGACGGAAAGAAGCAUGUUCCCAUCCGUAGGAAUUCUUGGUUUUAUCGAUCAAUGAGGAGGAAACGCCAAACCAAUAAACAGUCUGAAACAGCACCACGAACAACUGACAAUCUUUGCAUGAAAAAUGAUGGGCUGCAGGAAAGACCAAAUUAUCUAGGAUACACUCCCAAACCCUCUGGCUCAUUGCCUUGUUGGAAAAUUCCCACAAACACUCCACAGCACAUGCAGAAAUCACCACUAUUCACCACAAGCAGCAACCUUGGGCCGUCUGUAUCAAGGAAUCCUCAGCCUGGGGACUGGAGUCACAUUGAUACGAAAAUGCUGCCCAGUUGUUAUGGGCCUUUGCCAGUGUUUGGACUAAAUGAUAAGCAAAAGGAGAACCACUCACAAAUACACAGUGACUCCCAAAGCUGUCAGCUGGCCUCGAACACUGAAAAUCUUCUAAAUAAAGCAACCAGCUCCAUUUCAACUCCGAGUAAAGUUACUUGCACAGAGAUUCUGACCAACGACCUCGGCUCCUGCAAUCUCGGAGAAACUCAGCCUCCUGAAGAAGGAAGCUUAACAGCAUCUUCACCGGGAGAUGGUCAAGAGAAAGACAACUCAAGCAGAUUUCUUGAAGCGAGCUCACAACAAAAUGGAAAUUCUCCAGCAUGUGCUUCCGUAUCCAGGUUCAAGAAUGUUUGGCAUUUCAUUGAAAACAUAGAACUUCUGUAUCAGGAAUAUCGGGAAAAGAGCACGUAUCAAGAAAUCGAGACCAGGCGGAUGCAGGAUUGCGCUGAAAAGAACAGGACGGAAUUUGUAAAUGAAGGCAAACCUCAGGAAGUGAAAAGUGACACCACUAUUCCUGCUCAAGAGCCAUCGCAACCUGUUAAACUCACCUCGAGUACGAAUAACCUGGGCAUGAAACUAUGGCAGAACACAGAGAAAGUCAGAAGCAGCACAGUGUUGAGUACUCUCAGUCGCAAGGAAAUUAAACUCCAAGAGGCGAUGUUUGAGCUGGUCACAUCGGAAGCAUCUUACUACAAGAGCCUGGAGAUAUUAGUUUACCACUUCAUGAAGUCUGAGCAGCUCAGUGAGAUACUCAGUCCCAUUGAGAAACAUCAUAUUUUCUCCAACAUCCUCGAUAUCAAAGCAGCGAGUGAACGAUUCUUUCAGGAUCUGGAGCACCGUGUGGAGGAAGAUAUCGUCAUCUCGGAUGUCUGUGAUAUUGUGUACGAACACACAGUUGACUAUUUUAACGUUUACAUCCCAUACGUCACGAACCAGAGCUAUCAGGAGGCCGCCUAUCGACGAACAAUGGAAAACAACCUUCAGUUCCGUAAUGCGAUGGCUGAACUCGAGAAGGAUCCCAAAUGUAGAGGACUGCCAUUCCCCUCAUUUCUCAUCCUCCCCUUUCAAAGGAUAACACGUUUAAAACUACUGGUCCAGAAUAUCUUGAAAAUAGCCGAGGAAGAGUCGAAGAGGGAAAACACAGCUGUGACGGCACAUAAAGAACUGGAAAAGAUCAUCAAAGAGUGUAGUGAACGUGUUAAAAAAAUGAGCAGGACUGAGCAGCUGAUCAAUUUUGAGAAGAAACUGGAAUUUAAAGUCAAAGCUGUGCCAAUCAUCUCCCACUCCCGGUGGCUGCUGAAGGAAGGUGAACUCGAACAAAUGUCGGGACAGAAAGCAACACGAACGUUUCGGAAGAAGAAAUUGUUUAAGCCAGUCUUCCUGAUUUUGUUCAAUGAUCUUUUUCUGAUAACCAGGAAACAAUCCUAUGGUGACCGAUAUGAAGUGUUUGACUAUGCACUUCGAGGUCUCCUUCGAGUUCAAGAGCUGGAUGACCAGGGUCAGGCGUUGGCAAAUGUCUUCACUCUACGGCUCUUGGAGAAUUGCAAUGACCGGGAGAUCCAAUAUAUGCUGAAAGCAAAGUCACUGAGUGAUAAGAAACGCUGGGUUCACGCACUCAUGCCAAACCGAAGAACUAAAUACGUUUCUCCCAGCUCAUUGCAUUGGGAUUGUCCUCAAGUGCAAUGUAUUCAGAGGUACACCGCACAGGAACCAGACGAACUGUCGCUGGAAGCUGCCGACAUCCUCAAUGUUGUCGAAUCGACUUCUGAUGGCUGGAUACUAGGAGAUCGCUUGCACGAUGGAGAGAAAGGCUGGUUCCCAAACCUCAUGGUCGAAGAGAUCAAAAAUCCACAGCUCCGAGCUCAGAACAGAAAGGAAUGCUACCGAAUCUAUAAGGCGGAAGAAUGCCAUGGCAAUAAAAGCAAAGAAGGGAGAAAAUUAACCAGCAGAAGUGUGAUCCAUUAGCGGCAAUGGAAUCUUUGUACUUUGUUCAGCUUGUGUUUUUGACAGAUCGUGAAACUUCCUCCAUUCUGCAUGGCAACGCUAGCAGUGAAUAUUUUUGCCAGAAAACUGCAGAUUGUGAACCGUUUGUAUUUCAUUCACAAAAUGCUCCAUCUCUUUAAAUUAUUUAAUCUACAUAGUGAAAGCAGGAUUGCAGUGAAUACAUUUCAUCUACAGAUUGUAGCUACUAAACGCAAUGAAGGGUGAUUAUUUGGAUUUAUUUUAUCCAACCAAUGUUCAAUUCCAAUUUAAAUGGCAGCUAUUCAGACUGAGGAAAAAAUGAAUACUUGAAUCAGAAUAAAACUGCCGCAUCUGAAUAAUAUUUAAAUGGAAAAACUUAAGAGGAUGAAUUUUAAGACACAAAGCCACAGGUAGAACUGUAAAACAAAUCCAUUAAAAUUAUAUCCCAAUAAUAUACUGAAAGCUGCAAGUUUCUUUACAUUAACGGUGAAGGUGAAGUAAACUAUUUAUUAUGAUGCAAUAGGAUUUCUUAUACAAGUCCAUACUGUUUGUGUACAGCAUGGAAACAGGUCCUUUGGCCCACCGAGUCCACGUCGAUCAUCGAUCACCCACACACACAGGUUCUAUGUUAUCCUUUGGGAUGUGGGGGGAAACUAGGAACAGAGGCACCCAAAGUAACAGGCAGAACAUGCAAACUCCACACAGACAGCACCUGAAGUCAGCGUUGAACCUGGGUCUCUGGUGCUGGGUAGAGGUAGCUCUACCAUCUGUGCCACUGUGCUGCCCGAAUAACAAAUUGGAUAGGAAUUUACCACAAAGGAGUUUCCAUUUGAGAAAUGUAGUCGGCAUAUGUUUAAUUCUGAACAUGAAUCUCUGGCAUUAUUACUUGCUGUUACCUCCUUCAAUUCAAACUGAAGCACUAGGUGACAAAGGGCAAAACACCUUAAUAAUACAUUUGGGGUGAAAGAGAUUAUAUCCUGUACCCAAGAUGUCCAUGAAAAUUCAUUCAAUUUCAUAAUAAACCUUGUAACUAUAUCCAUGAAUGCAAAGUGUGUGCAUUAAAGGAAAGAGUCGAAAGCAAAUCACAGUUUAGUCUUUCUCCAAAGGCCAAAAGAUUAAAGAUAAAGUAUUGGCAACAAAAACUGAUCUUGGUUAACCUGCAAAGGCCACUGGGCUUUAAUUAACCAAAGAGAACAGGCUAGCUGGGCGAUGUUGCAACAAAUCACCACCUCAGUUGAGGGCCAUCAGCUGCAAAGUUCAUUGUGUACCAGAGUCUCGACACCAACUGAAGGGGCGUUUAAAAAUGAAAAUAUCCUGCAUGUGACUUGGAUCCGAGGUCAAGUUGGUGCCAUCCGAUGGCCAGUGGGUACAAAGCUCUCAAGAUGGGAAUGAACGGAGGGAGUGACUGGGGACUAUGAUGUGGUCAGGGAUAGGAUGGAGCAAGACUGUAAAAGGAUUGUACCUAAGUAUUGGGUCCAGGAGGAUCAAACAGAUGUCCCAGGCACAACGAUGUUUUCAUGAGUGAGCGGGGGUGGUGGUGGACUGGAUACUGGGAUGUAUGUGGUUAAUGUUCGGUACAAAGGCCUUCAUUUGAGGUCUCUGGGCAUUGUGACAUUAUGUUUCAAUGAGGUUAGGGCUGGGCUGGUAUCAAGAGGUCAAAGGGAGAUUGGAGUGUAAGAGGGAAGCAUUCUAUAGUGUUCUACAGGCCUGGUCUCAAGAUGAAUGAAACUGUUCCAUCAUUGGGAUCCUGUUUGAAUUGAGUGAUGAUCCUCUCCAUCACAAAACAUUGCCUCCAUCACCUAGUUUGCAUUUGUUCUGCCGGACUUGAAAUGCUUAUCCAUGCUUUUAUCUUUAGAUUUCAAAACAGCAAUGCAAUAAUCCUACGCUCACUAAAACCUACAUUGCCAGAAUCUUAACUUGCACCAAGGUUUCCUGGUGUGUCUGAUUCAAAUUCUUGACUGAGCAAGGACUGGAGUGCAGCAUUUACCAUUUCACAGAUAAAAUUUUAAGGCAAGGCCCUUUAUAUUCUCUAACUUGAAUGCUUGACAUGCCUGGCACUACUUUGGAGCAGAGCAGAGAAGUUACAUCCUGUUGUCCUGGACAAUACUUGUUCUUCAAUCAACAUCAGUAAAGGAAUAUGAGGAUUGGGGUGGCAUAGUGGCGCAGCGGUAGAGUUGCUGCCUUAGUGCCAAAGACCCUGAUCCCGACUAUGGUGCUGUCUGUACAGCCUUUGUAUGUUCUCCCUGUGACCACAUGGGGUUUCUCUGGGUGCUCCGGUUUCCUCCCACACUACAUGUCUGUAGGUUAAUUAGCUUUGGUAAAGUUGUAGAUUGUCCCUAGUGUGUAGGAUAGUGCUAGUGUGUAUUGAGUGAACGUUGGUUAGCAUGGACUUGAUGGGCCGAAGAGCCUUUUCCCACACAUUAUCUCUAAAGUCUAAAGUAAAUUAAAGCAAAUUGCAUUGUUGUUUGUAGGAGCUUCCUAUUUGCAAAUUGAUUGCAGGUUUCCUACCUUGCAAUCGUGACUGUACUUCAAAAGUAUAUCCAGCUGUAAAAUACUCUGGGAUGUCCUGAAGAUUGUGAUAGAUUUGGACUAAAAUAAAUGCAUGUUGUCCUUUCUGUAGUUUACCCAUGGUGUCAGUGGAGCUGACCAUUAAGAAGAGGAGAAAUGAUAUACAUGUAACAGCAAUGUGAAGGAAGACACUGGAUUUAAGGUCUCUGCAGCUUUAACUGUGUCAUAAAUGGGAGAAAUACCAUAGCUCAUCAUUGAGUCAAUGUUAUCAGAUGCAUGCGAAUGUUACAAUUAUUUGGGGCAGAUUUUCCUUUGGGCAUAAAUAAUGAAUGAGUGUCUUCCCACGCCCAUCCCUCUACAUACAUGCAAAGGAAACCGAACAGUCAAUGUUCUAUGUGUAGGAAGGAACUGCAGCUGCUGGCUUGCACCGAAGAUAGACACAAAAUGCUGGAGUAACUCAGCGGGUCAGGCAGCGUCUCUGGAGAAAAGGGAUGGGCGGCAUUCUGGUCAAGAUCCUGGUCGGCAGGAGGGUCUCGACCCGAAACGCCGCCUAUUCCUUUUCUCCAGAGAUGCUGCCUGACUCGCUGAGUUACUCCAGCAUUUUGUGUCUAUGGUCAACGUUCCAUAAUUGGCCACAUGUUAAAGCGGUGCUGCACACCAAGAGGUUUCGAGUAAAAUGUUGUAAAAAAAUGACUGAUAUAAAUAUUGUGGUUCUGAAUUAGUCAUGAAGUGACUAGUAAGUAUUCAUAAAACACAUCUCAAUAAAUACAUGUAAAGUGAGAACAGAAAUUGCCAUCUUGCAUUGUAAAACUGUCUUAGCAAAUUGUGAAGAGUUUUGUCGAUCAAGUGGUCCUUUUACACAGAUGUGGAAUUUUUGUAAUCAUGUUAACGAUUAAAAUAGCAGUGUUAUAAUAAAUGGGUCCAGUGAAAUUAUUGUGGUUGAAAGUGCUUGUCAACUGUGCAAUUAUGCAUGUUCAUUUGAUCUACAGUCCCUGCAGCGUUUGAAUCGUUUCAUCCUACAGAUGAUAAGUAGCACCAAGAGCUUAAUUUAAGUCACACUGCCACAAGGCAGUAUUUGGAUGCUGCAAAUAUGUCAGAUCAAAUUCAACAAUAUCUCAUUCAUUCUCAAAAGCUACCAUAUGGAGACAGAACAUUUGAGGAUGUGAAUAUUUAUCGCGAGACCGCCCACACUUAAAAAUGUCGCUUCAAUCACUGGUUGUAAUAACUCAAACAGAUUUGGAAUACUGUCAGUUCUUAAGCAUCAACGGCAGCUGGGAGAUCGUACAGAAGAACAGAGGAUGCCGUCUGAAGCAUCAGUCUGAAUGCUGACAUUAUAACUAUGGAUUAAAAACCACCCAUACAUGGGCAUAUUUUUCAUAGCUACAUUUGUCUUAAAUAAAUGGCUUACAUUUUUUAAUCACGUGACAAGCCUGAUUACAGUAUAAAUAUAGCACACUGAAACAAAAAUCUAAUCUGUAACAGUAGAUAUUUUACCACAAAAUGUUGCAUUAUGACUCCCAAUGUUUUUUGUUUUUUGUUUAGAAUGUCAUUAAAUGAAGGCAUCAAGUUUGAGCGUCCUCACCAAUGUCUUGUACAACUGUAACAAUACGUCCUAACUUCUGUAGCCAGUACCCAGACUGAUGAAGGCCAAUGAACCAAAAGCCUUCUUGACCACCCUAUCUACCUAUGAUGCCACUUUCAACAAACCAUGUGACCGCACUCCUAGAUUCCUCUGCUCUAGGGCCCUGUCAUUUACUGUGUUGGUCCUGCCCUGGUUUGACCAUCCAAAAAUGCAACACCUUGCACUGAUCUGUGUUAAACUCCAUUAACCGUUACUCAGGCCACUUGCCCAACUGAUCAAGAUCCUGCUGUAAUUUUUGGUA